AUGCUAGUCAUUUCAGGGGAAGCAUCAUAUACACCAAGUAUGGCUUCAGCGUUUUCAGUGCUGCACAAAUCAAUCGUGUACACCGUGUCUGGAAUCAGCUCCGGCUACUGUGUGCUCAAGUUUGUGUGUGCACUUGGCAAGUGUGAGGACGUGUCCAUGUGGCCAACCAUUCAGCAUGGAGAUUUGGUUCUGUUGUCUCCAUUUUAUGUCAAUCAUCGGCUGUUACAAAAGGGUGAUGUUGUCUUCUGUCGCUCUCCCAAAAACCCCAGGGCUGUCAUCUGUAAGCGGCUGAUUGCCCUGGAAGGAGAAACCGUGGUUAACGAUGAGACAGGUUUUCAGGAAUUUGUGGACAAAGGCCAGGUGUGGCUAGAAGGAGACAACAAACUGGCCAGCAUCGACUCUCGCACGUACGGCUCCAUACCAUACGGGUUGAUCAUCAGUAAAGUGACACUUCGGAUAUGGCCAUUGGAGAGAUUUGGACCUUUGUCAUGUCCUGUCAGCAUGAAGUCACUUCCUGCGACCACAGGGCCACUCUCUGAAUACACAGGGUCACUUCCUGCCAACACAGGGUCACAUCCUGCCAACACAGGGUCACUUCCUGUCAACACAGGGUCACUUCCUGUCAACACAGGGUCACUUCCUGUCAACACAGGGACACUUCCUGCCAACAUAGGGUCACUUCCUGCCAACAUGGGGUCACUUCCUGUCAACACAGGGUCCCCGUCUGCCAACAACGGACAACCAUCGUCAUGA